UCCAGAGGAGCAGGCAGCUGAUGACAUCCCUAGCCCGGUGGGGUCCGCCGAGGGGAAGGUCCUUGCCGACGUCAACUUCCAAGUGGUCACCCACACCCAGUCUCUGACCCACAGACAGUCCCCUAAAACGCCCCAGAACAUCUCAGGCCAGCCCCGUGGGAGACCGCCUCUGGCUAGGCACAGGUACCCCCAGAUCCUCCCCAAGCCCUCUGCCACGGGGGCCAUCACCCUGCGUUCGCCCCCCACCCURCUCAUCACCAACAGCCCCAUGAAGACCCACCACGUGAUCCAGCCCCAGUUCAGCUCCCACGUCAACGUGGUCAAGAUGACCGCCGUCUCCCUGACCCCUAGCAACACUAUCAGUACCAGCAGUAACAGUAUGGUCCUCAGGCCGGCUUCAGCCUCGGCCGGGGUGGGAACCACCACCACCACCACCUUUACCACCAUCGCUGCCCUAGAGGAGGUCCGGCAACAGGGACAGAGCCAGGGAGGCCCCCCAGCCCCAGCCAYCCCACAGUGCCCUGUAGUACGGCCUGGCGCACCAGCCUCCACCCCUACUCCCACAGUGGCUCCUGAGGCCAUCAUCACUGACAAUAAUCCGGGCUCUAACUCUGAUAAACGGAGCACCAUACAGAAGUCCCCCGGUGGGUCCAAGGGUCCAGAGAGGGCCACUAAGUACCGAGCGUCCAGCGAACCCUCGCUCCUGGUCAUAUGCUCACCGGGACCUGACAGAGUGGCCGACAGGACCAAAAGCUACCCCUCCUCUAGCUCCCCUCCCACCUCUGCCACCAAUGCAGCGACUAUUAGGGUAGAGACCAAGCAGGACAGCAAUAAUAACAGCAGCACUGCCACCACCUGUCACCAAGAAAGUACUUUUUAUCUGACUGUUGUGCCCUCGGCCAAUCAGAACGCUCCUAACGUCAGCGGAAAGUCCUCCUCGUCCAAUGGCUUAUCGGCUGUUACCCUAUUGUCUGCUAAAGACUCCUCCUCCUGUGCGUCAGGUUCUAAGAGUCCCCGGAAGCGAACCGGCCCUGGUCUGGAUUCCACCCACGUGAUCCCUGUGAAGCGUGUUUUCAUCUCCCAGCAACCUUUAGGUGUGACCUUUGACCCCAAACCAGGGGUUCCCGCCGCCGYCAAGAGGGUCCCAGCCAGACAAGGCACCCCCGCCCGACCAGAGAGCGCCCCCUGUCGAGUGACGGUGAAACAACACCUAGUGCCCACGCAGAUCCUGGCGCUGUCCGACUCGCCCGUCACAAACGCAGAGAUCUCCUCCUUCUCCUCUCAGACUGGCAGUGUGAAGCCCACGUCCUCCUCGUUGCUGCUAGUGAAACAGGAAGACCAGUCCUCUCUAACUCUACGUCUCAGCACUGUCAGCAGUCACACCACCACCACUGAAGCCUCUGGUACAACCAACACCACAGUGUCUGAGCAGCAGCAACAACAACAGCAGCAACAACAACAGCAGCAACAGCAGCAACAACAGCAGCAACAACAGCAGCAACAGGCCUUACUACAGCAGAUCACAGCAGGGACAGUAGGAGCACAGCAACACUCUGAGGCCUCUGUCUCUGCGAUGGCGGUAGGAGCUCAACAACACUCUGUCUCUGUGAUGGCGGUAGGGGCACAACAACACUCUGUCUCUGCGAUGGCGGUAGGAGCACAACAACACUCUGUCUCUGCGAUGGCGGUAGGGUCUGCGAUGGCGGUAGGAGCACAACAACACUCUGUCUCUGCGAUGGCGGUAGGAGCACAACAACACUCUGUCUCUGCGAUGGCGGUAGGAGCACAACAACACUCUGUCUCUGCGAUGGCGGGAGGGGCACAACAACACUCUGUCUCUGCGAUGGCGGUAGGAGCACAACAACACUCUGUCUCUGCGAUGGGGAACAUGAAUAGCACAAUGUUGGAAGAGUCAGCCUUAGGACAUCUGGAAGAGCUGCAGAAACAGGCCUUCACUCAGACUAUAGCAGCAGACCACACCAAGCAGCAGMCCCUGGGUUCUACCGACCAACACCAACUCUCCAACAUCAYGUCCCAGACCUCAGMCUCCUCUGAUCAGUUAUCUGGUCUUCACCAGGAGAUGGUGGACUUUACCUCCUCAUCCUCCCAGCACGGCUCCACCAUGGACUAUUUCUCAUUUAACGAUGAUGAUAUGACCCAGGACAGCAUAGUAGAGGAACUGGUACAGAUGGAAGAACAGAUGAAGCUGAAGGGCCUCCAGCCGCUGUUCAGUAGCUGUGUGGAUAAUAUGUCUCUCCAGGGCCUGCCUGGGGGCCCUCAGGGGCCCAUCCUCAACACCCACCACCAGGGGGGUAGCUCCUCUUUCUACCAGUCUGCCCAUAGCAGCACAACCCCCAUCCAGACCCCCACCCCAACCCCCACYCUGACUCCAACUCCUACCCCCACGGAGAUGACUCUCGGCGGGUACGGGCUGACCAGAGAGAGCCCCUGCUGCCAUCACAGCAUGGCCCCUAUCACGCCCGUGGAGGGGCCUCUAGGAGGCCGACACACCCCUAUAAGCGCUCUGUCUAACUGUUCUAGCGGCAUCCCGCCCAGCCCKGUGGAGUGCAGGAACCCGUUUGCCUUCACCCCUAUCAACUCCAGCAUGACAGGGGGUUACCACGAUGCCUCCGUGAUGUCUGUCUCCUCCAGUCCCAUCAAGCCCAUGCAGAGACCCAUGGCCACGCACCCAGACAAGGCUAAACUGGAGUGGAUCAACAAYCGCUACAACAGUAGUGGUACUGAAGCUACUGGAGAAGUCGGWGCAGGRCCAGGGUCUGGGUUAUCCAUCUCKAACCACAGCCUUGGUGGACUCCUGCCUAGUUACCAGGAUYUAGUGGACGAUCACUUCCGUAAGCCGCACGCCUUCGCUGUCCCGGGCCACAGCGGCCAAUCUUUCCAGGCCCAGUCCAGACAGCAGGACGGUAGCCAUUUUGAGCAUCUCACACUCAUCUCUCCGGUGCGACAGCAGUUGACCAGCGUAUCGACCACACCCACCAACACGGCAACCAAACAGGACGACGAGAGCUUCGCUGUGCCCGCCCCUCUGGACAGCAAGGGUGGAGCCUUGUCAUCAGGGGGCGGGACGUUCCGYUGUCGCAGCGUCAGCCCCGCCGUGCGUCAGAUGACCUUCAGCGGUACCGACACAACCAUUGGUACCGUCACAACCCCCGGCACCGGCACUACCACUCGAUUGGUUGUCUCGCAGUUUAGUUCCCCCAUGACCUCACAGGAAAUACUCAGCAUCCUGUCCGACAGCCAAUCGGUGGGCGGCAACCUCCACAGCAUGGCCCAGCGCAGCCAAUCGGUGCCCUUAAACAUCAUGAUGCAGAGCGUUGUGGAGAUGCAGGGCAUCCAGGGACAGAACCAKAGUAAUGCCACUAAGAUCACCAACGUCCUCCUGAGUAAGAUGGACUCUGACGUGAACGACGCUGUGAGGGGCCUGGGCAUCAACAACCUCCCUUCCAACUAUACCGCCCGCAUGAACCUCACCCAGAUGCUGGAGACCCAGUCUCAGAGUCAGACUGCCCCUGGGGGCUUCACCGCUGGAGGAGAUGGAGGAGGGAACGCCCAUCAGUCUCAGCUGCAGACUGUCAGCUCCAACCAUGCCUCUUUCGAGCUCCAGCAGCAYGGGGGCUACCUCACCAGUACCGGAGGAGGCGGGGGGGAGAUGAGCUUCAACCAAGCACAAUCAGGCCCUGGCGGUGAGGAUGUGGACCUGGAGCUACAGCAGAUCCAGGAGCUUCAGGAGGCCUCAGGACAGCUCCAUCCCCAGCUACUACAAACCCAGGCUAGGCUGCUCCGGAGUCCCCACUCCCAGCUCCAGAGUCCCCACCCCCAGCUCCAGAGUCCCCACCCCCAGCUCCAGAGUCCCCACCCCCAGCUCCAGAGUCCCCACCCCCAGCUCCAGAGUCCCCAUCCCCAGCCCAGAGUCCCCAGCUCCAGAGUCCCACCCCCAGCCCAGAGUGCCCAGCUCCAGAGUCCCCACCCCACAGCUCCAGAGGCCCCACCCCCAGCUCCGAGUCCCACCCCAGCUCCAGAGUCCCCACCUCCAGCUCCGAGUCCCACCCCCAGCUCCAGAGUCCCCCCCAGCUCCAGAGUCCCACUCCCCAGCUCCAGAGUCCCCACCCCCAGCUCCAGAGUGCCAGCUCCAGAGUCCCCCAGCUCCAGAGUCCCCGAGUCCCCAGCCUCCAGAGUGCCCGCACUCCAGCGCCCCCCCAGCUCCAGAGUCCCACCCCCCAGCUCCAGAGUCCCACCCAUCUCCAGAGUCCCCACCCCAACUCCAGAGUCCCCAGCUCCAGAGUCCCCACUCCCAGCUCCAGGAGUCCCCACCCCAAGCUCCAGAGUCAACCACUCCAGAGUCCCUACCCCAGCUCCAGAGCCCCACUCCCAGCUCCAGAGUCCCCACUCCCAGCUCCACAUUCCCCAGGCCCAGCUCCAGAGUCCACAGCUCCAGAGUCCCCACCCCCAGCUCCAGAGUCCUCAGGCCCAGCUACAGAUUCCCCAGGCCCAGGCCGGGUUCCAACUCCUCCAGCCCAUCACCACCCAGCAGCAGCAGCAACAACAACAGGAUGAAGAAGACAAGGCACAACAACAGCUAGACUUCAACAACACUGUUAAAGACCUGUUAGGUGACGACGGUCUCAACGUCCACGCUGAAGGCCUCAACCCUAGCUCUCAGCUGGUUGGUCAGGUGGCCUCGGAACUCAACGCSGCUGUGGCGUCCGACUUCACCAACGACAUCAGGCUGACCUCCGACCUCUCCAGUAGCAUCACAGACCUGAACACGUUGGACGCCGACCUGCUGUUCGAUCCGUCCAAUCAGCAGCAAGAACAGUACGAAGACGCCACACUGGAAGAGCUGAAGAACGAUCCUCUGUUUCAGCAGAUAUGUAGUGAUACUGUGAACUCCUCGUUCGACUGGCUGGAGAGCCAAGACCAGCCUACUACCGUAGAGAUGUUGGGCUAAUGUUGUUAUUGUGUGUGAACGAAUGGAAGCUUUUUCCCUUAUGUAGUUUACUACGGGUCUUUGUCUAUUGGCCCUAGUCAGAAGCAGUGUACAAUAUAGGGACUAGGGUAUCAAUUCAGAUACAGACUGGCUUAAAAAACAAAACAUUUAUUUAUGUUUUAUUUUAAUUUUAUUGUUUUGUCAGGAGAGAAAAAAACUUCUGGACUCUCGGCCGUUUGUCCAGUGAAAAGUGCCAGCCUAACCUGGAAAUCUCUCCUAAUUUUUCUUGUUUUUAUAUCACUUCUACUGUUAAGAUAUCUGAAUCACAAUACAUUACCACUUAAUUUCAUCUUCCUAUGAAAUCAUCAAUGAGUACAUUUCAAGUGAGUGAAGAUAUGGACUGUGAGACGUUGACUCUGAGACGUGUUCAGUGAGACGUGAUCAGUGAGACGUGAUCAGUGAG